GUUUUUGGUUUUGGUUCUCAUGUUGGUUGACGCUUCUUCGCCCCGCAGCACCACAUCUUGUUCGUCGUCUUCUUCUUCUUCGUCGUCGUCGACGAGCUCGCCGGCCUCGCUUCCGUCUUCCCCGGACUCGAACGGAACCCAGUCCGGGGAAGGGCGCGGGACGUGGACUAAGGAGGAACAUGAGCGGUUCCUGAGCGCGAUCGAGAUGUACCCGAACGGCCCUUGGAAGGCUAUCGCCGAGGUCGUCCACACCCGGACGAUCCGCCAGACGCAGACGCACGCGCAGAAAUACAGAGAGAAGCUGGCGCGCCGUAACCGAGGGUUGCGCGCCAAGACGCUUGUCUCGGACGACGUCGCCUUGUACCCGCACCCGUACUUUGCGGCGCCGAUCGGAGGAGGGUCGAGCAUGAUGACCUUUGUGCCCUCGUACCCCGAGUCGAUGGACUACAUCAUCUCGGUGCUCGAGAAGGAGUUCUGCCUCUGAGCAGGCCCACUCUAUUUACUUUGUGUUAUUUAAAGAGGUCGAGCCUCGCCCGUAUAGCGUUGUCAUCUCU